AUGUUUUGGCAAUCGAGGCCUGUCACUUACAAUAACUAAAGGACUUUUGAGAGCAACUUCUAUCUAGUAUAGCAAGACGUGCCUCAAUUCCCUAGUAAUUUCAUAAAGACAAGCAGGUAAGCAUUGAUAUGAACUGAAAUAUAGAUAUAACUUGGUAACAUUCCUACCAUUCUCUUUGUUACUUCAAUUUACUAGAUAUGCUAACAUUUACUUUUUAUGCAUUGCCAUCAUCCAAUGCAUCCCAAUCUUAUCAACUUUGAAUCCCUUUAGUGCUAUAGCCCCAUUAGUAUUCGUCUUGGGACUUUCAAUGUGUCGAGAAGGAUGGGAAGAUUAUGGACGGCACGUAUCAGACAACGAGGUGAAUUCCACAGACUGUUAUGUUAUAAAAGACAGGAGAGUUACAAAGUAAAUAUAACUGCUAAAUUCAAAAUAGGACUACUUGGGCAGAUAUUUAAGUAGGUGACUAUGUGUACGUAAGACAAGACGAGAGUUUCCCUGCAGAUUUGAUAGUCUUGGGUAGUGAGAAGGAGAGUGGAGCAUGCUAUAUUGAGACAUCAUCUCUGGAUGGUGAAAAGAAUCUGAAACCUAAGAGUGCCAUCCUGGAUAGUUAACAAAUGUAUUAGUCUUUGGACACAUUCAAUGAUCAGAUCAUCAAGGUGGUGGCAGAAACUCCAUCCCAAUCAUUAUACGAAUUUGAUGCUUAAUUGCAUUUGCCGAUCAACUCAGAAUUCAAGAAAUUCCAAUUAACUGCUAAAUAACUCCUCCUUCGAGGGGCAUAAUUAAGAAACACCAGUUGGAUAAUUGGCAUAGUAGUCUACACCGGAUAAGAUAGUAAGAUAAUGAGGAAUGCCGAUGCUUCAAGAGUUAAGUCAAGUGAAAUCGAGAGAACAAUGAAUGUCCUCAUACUUGGGAUUCUGUGUGUUCAAAUCGCUCUAAGUAUCAUAUCGUGUUCAUUUUCUUCUGCUUGGCUAACCAAAUUUGGAGUUGACUCCUUUUAUUUGGAUUAUACAAAUGAUUCACUCAACCCAUCCUUGUUAUCCUUCUAUGUGUUUUUUAGUUACAUACUACUAUACAACACAAUGAUACCUAUAUCCUUAAUAGUUUCAUUAGAAUUUGUGAAAGUGUUCUAGUCCUACUUUAUGGAGAUGGAUGUGGAGAUGUACGUCCAAUAAAGAAAUAAAUUUUGUAAGGUUCAGACCACCACUAUCAAUGAAGAGUUGGGUCAGGUUGAGUAUAUAUUUUCUGAUAAGACUGGAACAUUGACUUGCAAUCAGAUGGAAUUCAAGUAUUCUGUAAUUGGAAAUUCCCUCUAUGGUAAGGAACAUCCAAAUCAAUCAGCCAAGACUGAAAUAAUGUUGCAAAAUACACUACCCUUGUAAAACAAAUUGCAAAUUCAUCCUAUGGAAGGAGUUCAAGGUCAUUCAAUGACGAAUUUCAAUUUUUAUGACGAGGAAUUAAUCAAUAUCAUUGACGGUGGGAACAGCAAGACUACUGCAAAUGUGAAUCUAACCAUUAAGUCUAAAGAUAACAAAUCUUAGAUAACGAUUAACAAUUAGAAAGAGUUAGUUGAUUAUUAUUUCUUUUUAUUGAGUUCAGCUCAUGAAUGCAUCAUUCAAUAUGAUUAGGAUAAGAAUACUUCUUAUUAGGGACCAUCUCCUGAUGAAAUUACUUUGGUUGAUGCAGCUGCAAGAAUGGGCUACAAAUUCACAGGAGCAUCAGCAAGUGAAUAGAAUUUCAUGAUAUUGAAUUAGCCAAGAAAGGUUAAACUGUUGAAAUCAUUCGAAUUCGAUUCAAACAGAAAGAGAAUGAGUGUAAUCAUCAAGGAUGAAAAAGGAAUUAUAAAAUUACUCAUUAAGGGAGCAGACAGUAUUAUAAAAAGUCGGUUGAGUAAGGAAUAGAAGUUCUUGGAUAAAACUAUAGAAUGGUUGGAGGAAUUCUCAAGGAUUGGAUUAAGAUGCUUAUUAAUGGCUACCAGAGUUCUGUCAGAAGAUGAGUACAAGAAAUUCGAUAACGAAUAUAAUAAUUUACCUGAAGGCGAACAAAGACAAAUUGAACUUAAUAGAAUUACAGACGAAUUGGAAAGAGAUCUCACUUUGAUUGGUGCCACAGCUGUCGAAGACAAAUUACAAAGUCAAGUGCCAGAAACUAUAGCCGAUCUACUCAAGGCCAAUAUUAAGGUUUGGAUGCUUACUGGGGAUAAGUUGGAGACUGCUGAAAACAUAGCCAAGAGUUGUAAAUUGAUCUAAGGAGAUUUCACAGUUAUGAGAUUGUCUGAAUUCAAUGAACAAGAUUGUUUGGACAAAUUAAAAGACAUCCAAGACACAUAUGAUUUGUGUAUCAAAGAAAAUAGAAAGAAAGUAAUACUAUCUUUAAAUUUAUUUAGUCAAUUGUAAUCGAAGGACAAUCUUUGGAUUUCAUUUUAAAUUCAAAUGACAUGGCUUCUUCCUUUGUCUCAAUGGCCAAAGAUUGUGAGUCUAUUGUGUGUUGCAGAGUCACUCCUAAACAAAAAGCUGAUGUCGUCAGAUUGAUCAAAGAUAGACUGAAUAAGAUCACCUUGGCUAUAGGAGACGGAGCUAAUGAUGUUAAUAUGAUCUAGGCUGCUCACAUUGGAGUUGGAUUGUAUGGAAAUGAAGGAAUGAGGGCUGUUCAGAGUUCUGAUUUCGCCUUGGGAGAAUUUCAAUGCUUAUGGAGGCUAUUAUUAGUUCAUGGCCAUUGGAAUUACAUUAGAAUUUCAGAGAUGAUUUUAUACUUCUUCUACAAAAACAUGUUGUUCACCAUCCCUUAGUUCUUCUUUAGUUUCUUUUGUGCCUUUUCAGCCCAGUCUUUUUAUGACGAUUGGUACAUCACUUUGUAUAACUUGAUCUUUACUGCACUCCCAUUGAUCAUUCGAGCAACCUUUGAUCAAGACAUCAACUACAAACAAUUCCUGAAUUAUGACGCAAAUCAAAAAAUCAGAAACGUUCAACUCAAAUAAGAGAAUUACCUAAAAUAAAAGUUUCCAUACCUUUAUUAUGUCGGAUAAAAGAAGACUAUUUUUACCAUCCCAUCCUACAUGAUGUGGGCCUUCACUGGAGUAAUUCAUGGGAUGAUAAUAUUCUUUUUCUUAUUCUGGAUAAUGGAUUACGAAGCUCUAAACAUAGAUGGCAUUACUGGAGGAUUAGCACCCUAUUCAUUGACCGUUUACACAGCCAUAAUACUGGUAGCCGAUUUCUAAAUCAUCAUAUAAACUAAAUAUUGGACACUAUUCAAUGUAGUAGCAGUAUCACUUCUAAGCUUGUUCCUAUAUGCAGGAUAUGUCAUAAUAUCUCAUUAUUGGCCUGGAGAAUUAAUGAUGUACACACCUCUCACUAUAUUAAAAAUGCCAUCGUUCUGGCUGUGUCAAUUCUUGAUACUAGUGAUUGUUGGUGCCAUGGAAGCCUUUAGAUCUGAAUUUAAUAGGUAAUACUUUUUAGAAACUGCUGAUGAAAUAUUAGUAAAGACUAAGCAAUUCACGUUUACAUUAAAUGAAUGGUUGAGCAAACAGAAAAAAGUGGCCAGAUAGGAUAGCUUCUGGGCUGAAAUCUACAAGGAAGAUGAACAAGAACAAGUCAUCCAAUUUGAAGAAACAAUCAAAGAUGCCAAUCAAAUACCAAAUCAAUGA